AUGGCAUCUACUGCCACCUUGUCACUGGGACCGAACCAGGAAAAUGAGGUUCAGCUUUUGCCGCCGAAAGAGGAAAAAACACUGGACAAUUUUAUGAAACUUGGAAAAUACUGCUGGCUUAUUCUGCUUUUUUCCGAGUUUAUGCUCCUUUCUGGAGCAGGAAACACACUUUAUAUGAUGUAUGCUGGUUGGUUGCUCGGCUCAAAUGUCCUAGAAGAUCUAUUGAAUUUUGCAGGUGCAUAUCCGAAACAAGUGAGCUGCGAAGGUCCGGAUAUCUUCAUCAAAGACAUUUGCUCAUCCAGUUAUGAUUUUCAUAAUCCUCCAAAUUGUACAAUCACAUCAAAGUAUGAUUUCUAUUCCAUUAAUGUGGAUUUUGGUCAUUUUUGCGGAGAAGGUGCCUGGGUGAAAACCAGUAUUUCUGUACAAAUGGUUGGAGUCUUGAUAGGAUCAGUUACAUCGGGCGCUCUUGCAGACCGAUACGGACGGUUGAAGGUUCUCUCAGUUUGCUUCUUCAUGGUUUCAUCGCUCAGCAUAGUCAACACAUUUGCCAAGGACCUCAUCUACUUCACCAUUGUUCGAACUCUCCUAUCCGUGUUCAAAGGAGGAUUACUCAGCACAUAUGGAGUCUACAAAAUGGAGCAUGUGCCACGCCAGCAUCGUUUUUGGAUAGCAACCAUGAUCAGUUGGGCACCAAACUACAUGCUCUUGAGUUUAGUGGCAUAUCUAUGUCCUGACUGGGUCACUUAUCAAUAUGCUAUUUUUGCACUAUCUAUGCCUGGAGCGAUAGUUUUCUUAUUCGUUCAAGAAUCGCCGCGAUGGUUGAUUCAAGCCGGUAGAAUUGAGGAGGCUCGUGGAGUUCUGAAAAGAAUAAUGGAUGUUGAUGGAAACAAAUGUGAACAUUCUUGGUCGGAAAUUGAGGAGAUGUUACGGACGGAACGAAAAAGACAAGAGGAACAAACCGAGAAACGGAAAAACUACGACUUCCGCCACUUAUUCUGGAACAAAUAUAUGGCAUCUGUCACAAUGAUUAUGUGGUUAGGAAUGUUUUCCACAUCAUUCACAAACUAUGGAUUCGUAUUCAAUAUCGAAAAGCUAUCCGGUUCUUUGUAUAUAAAUGCAUUGCUCAUGGGAUCGCUCCGUUGGCUGCUCAAUAUUGUAUUCGGUUUGGCUGACUUGAAAUUUAAGUCAUUGGGAAGAAAACAUAUUCAUUUGAUCUCAAAACUCACAAUUUCACUUUGUGUGUUUUCCAUAUUCAUGACGUAUUAUUUGGAAAAAGACGAAGAGUACUCUAUGAUCAUCCGAGUUGCCACGCUAGUUGCAACAGCCACAGCUUCUCAAGUAUUCAUCACUAAAUCAAUGGUUCUUAUGGAGUUCUAUCCAACAGUUGUCCGCAAUACUGCAGUAUCUUUCAAAUCCACUGCAAGUCGAAUUGGAACGAUUCUAGGACCACAACUGUUCAUUUUGUGCCCGUACAAAAGUCUGCCGUAUGCAGUUCUGACCGGAAUGUGCUUAUUCGAUGCGAUUGCGUUCCAAAUUCAACUACCAGAAACCAAAGGAAAACCAUUGCCUGAAACAAUGCCGGAAAGACAGAAAAAUGGAAGAACCGCAUUACCAACUAAUGAUCCUGAACAGUAG